GGCUACUUCCCAAAUUUAAAAAUCUCCUCCCAUCCCCAAACCCCCGUAGCCCCAACCAGUAACACUUUCCACGCUCAUCUUCUUCUCGGUUCUUGAACCUUAGCUCUCUCUCUCUCUCUCUCUCUCUCUCUCUCUCUCUCUCUCUCUCUUCCAGUGGGAAAUGGAGGUACCGCAGACAAUGCAGAUCAGCGGAGAAGAAGAAGGCGACGAGUUCUACGAGAAGAUCGAAGCUCCCAAGUUCGUGGACUUCACCGCACCCGAUCAGAACCGCCCCGACGACUGUUACUGGUUCUGCUUACGCGUCGGAUGUGAUCAGAAACAUGAAGAAGAAAUGGAUUCAGAAGCAAUCUACAAAAAUUUUGUUCUUCGGGUCAUGGCAGCAAGGAGUCCCAAUGUACGGCUACGGAAAGCCCUAAAUAGAAAAGCUCCAAGUGCAAAUGUGAAAUGCCCACUUACGGCUCCUCCAAAACCAUCCAAGUCUAGAAUAUCAAGACUAGCCCUGAUUUCUUCAAUCUCUCACAAACUAGUUGAUACCAAAUUGAAAGCCAGACCAACUCCUAAGCUCAGUGCAACCCCGGUUUCAAAGGCAAAACAAUCUUCUGAUGUGGCGAAGGCUCGUACUACUCCAAGGAAUCGAAAGCGCCUCUCAAAUCCGAAUACAUUUAGGAGUGUUCGGAAUCCGAAAUUAACAACCAUUGUUGUGCCUAAAAGUAGAGCGGUAGCUAAGGCUCUAGUCUUUAACUCACCAAAGAAAGCAGUAAAGACAAAGACUUCAUUAGAACUGAAUACCCCCGUGAAAACAUUAUGUGCAGCAAUGAAGAAGCUUGAGAUCACCAGUGAUAAGAAGCAUGUAUUAGGGUAUAACAAGUCAUUACCUAUAGAUGCUUCAAGAAAAGAGCUAAGAGGUCGAGAGGUUAAAAGCCGGGUUUAUGAAUCCUUGCAUUCUCACAACCGCAAAGUUCAGGAAGCCAAAACUUCAAGAUGCUUGAAAAGAAAUAUUAAUAAGGACAUAAAACCCCGUCGUGAUCACAAGCAUCAUGAAGGGGAUGAUGAUUCAAGUGACAUGGAUAUAGACGAGAAAUCAAGGGAUGGUUCUCUUGAAGGCUCCCUACCAGGUGGUACCUCUCAGAGUGGUAGGAAUGGGCCGGAAGAAUGUUCGAAAACUGUGAAAUCACAGGAAGGUGAGUAUUCUGUUGAACCGGAGUUGAUCUCCCUAUCAAGUUCUGAAGAGAGGGAUUCAGGAGAAAAUGAUGGUCCCGACUCCCAAGUUCCCAGUGGAGUGGCGGAAGGGACUAGUGAAGGAAGUGAGCAGGAUGAAAAAAUAUUAUCGAGUCCAGAGAGGGGAAAAAUCCCUGAAGUCGAGGAAAGUGAUGAUAAGGAAAAUGUUCUGGCUUGUGAUGAUACUGAAAAUGACAGCGAAGCCAAUGAUAAUGAAGAGAAGGAAAAUACUGUAGCAUCAGAUGACAACAGGUUACAGAAUCACAAUAAUGGCCACCAAGAAAGGAUAGUUCUGGGGGAGAAUGACACUUCUAAAAUUUCACUUAAGACUAACCGAGUAAUGGGCAAGGCCAUAAAAGAGGGCUCCCUCACUGCUACCACUGUUGCUCAAGGGUUGAAGCGCAGGAAACCAAAGCCUACCAAUCCCAAGCCUUUUAGGCUAAGAACUGAUGAAAGAGGGAUUCUUAAGGAAGCGAACUUGGAGAAAAAACUCAUAGCACCUCUGGCAGAAAUUACGACAGCUCCAGGGCUCCCCGGCACAAACUCACAAAGAAAACAUCAGAAUGCAAGUCAGAAGAAGAAAAAACGCCUAGGAACAAGUGAAAAUGAGUGCCAUAUGCAUGAAGGUGGUGAAAAGAAACCGGACAGAAUAACACUAGAGGAUCAAUCUAUUAGGGUUGGAAGUACUCGCUUGAAGGCUUCAAAAGGAAAAGUGGAGCAAAAAUUAUCACUCAUGAGUCUGCAUAGACGUAGUGUUUCUAUACACCACAAAUCGAACCUUGUGAUUUCACCGUCCGAACAAGACAAAGCAGGUCAAAAACAACAAAACAGUUUGAAAAAUAUCCAAUCACCAAUGAUGCAACAAAAACUUGCAAGGCCUCGUGGAGUUAUGUCAAGUCGGAAGGAAGCGGUUUCCCUCGUGACCCCUGGUAAACUCGGUGUCAUUAAGGAAAACCCAUCAAAGAUUUUAACAACCAAGCAAGUGGCAAAGCCAUUAGGUAAUACUGUUUGCCCCGGAACUAAAGCUUCCACUCGUACCACUCCCCGGUCGUUGUCACGGGGUAGAAGGCCUACGACAAUUCCAAAGGAGCCAACUUUUCAUAGAAUCCAUACACCAAAGAGCUGCACAAGGAAACUGGCCUAGGUGAUAUCACCCCAUGAAAAUUACCUCAUUGAGCGAGUGUAUGAUAUCUUCUUGUUCAAUAACAUCAUUGAAUUAUUCCUCUCUUAUUUAAUUUAAGUUUCAUUUUGGCAGCUUAUCCUUUGUUUUGUUAUUAUUAUUCUUAUUUUAUUUUUUGUUUUUGGCUUUUGUGAGUUGGUUAUUUCCCAUAAGCAAAAAUGCGUGAAUUGUUGUAACAUUUGAGAUUCAGAACUGAUCUCUCUAUUCAUUAUUUUAAAAAGAGAAGCAAUAUAAUUGGUUUUUUUUUUCUC